AUGAAAGUCGGCGAACCAGUGACCAUUCUCAAGAUCCACGGCACCGACGGUGCCUUGAUUGAAGCUCCUAGUAUCAUCCGCACAUAUAAUGGCAUCUACUACAACUUCUUCUCAUUUCAUUGCUUCAGUUCACUCGGAUAUAAUACUGAUGGCUCUGGACAGCAAUCACCUGGUGAGGCCACGGUUUCUCGGGAGGGAAAUAAGAUCGUCUUCCAUGCAAAUUGUGAGGCCAGACGGUACAUGUACUCCCCUGCAAUCAACAUUCGAUCCAGGAACACUAUUGUGCCUCCCUUCCAGUUGAUAUUCCUGGAUCAAAUUCUGCCACCAACUCUACCACACUCUUUUGAGCUCGAUGAACCCUAUCAAAAGCUGUUUACUACCUGUGCUUGA